GGAAAACUACACUAGGCGGGGCAAAUCUAAUGUCAAGCGCAAGCUUUAUAUUAACUGAUACAUGUAGCUUAUGAACAACUAUAUAGAGGUAGUUGACACAUUUGGUGGUUGCGAACGCAAGUCGCUUACUCCAACUGUGAGCGAAGCGACCUGUUGGUUCUAACGAUCACAUCCGAUCUAACUUGCAAUAAUGCGAUCUGAUGACCAAAGAGGAGACAGCAUACCACCGGUCCUUUCCCAUCAAUAUAGCACAUCUAUCUAUUCUAGCUCAAGAGCCGAAAAGUCGACACUUGCAUAAUGGGUUCUUUAAUUGAAAACUGUACGAUUGAUGUAAUCAACGAGAUAAUCAACUACCUAGAGCCGGACGCUAUCCGCAACCUCCGGUUAAGCUGCAAGACUCUAGCAAUCAAAUCCUCCUCGUUAUAUCACGUCAAGGCCUUGUUCCAAUCGAAACAUGUUGAAUUAACAGAACAGGCGCUUCGUGCAUGUGCCGAGGGAACGCAGGCUGGGGGACUCUGCUGUCUUGUAGAGGAACUGACUCUAAGCAGUAUUGCUGGCGGUGGUGACGCACCCCGACGAACACGGCAAGGAAGAGUGCAACUGUGGAGGAAAAACAAAGACUCCUUGCUCAGCCAGUCCUUCAUCGCGCUCAAAAGAAAUGGUCCCACUAGAAGGCUUGCAUCGCUGUCACUCGAGGUAGCGGUUCCCCCCGAUCUUAAAGCGAGACUUCAGCCUGCCGAUGCGCGCGCAGAAUAUGACUGGAGACCUGUGUCAGAGGCAGCAGUGGACACAUUUCACACUACUUUCAGAGCCUUGGCGACAAGCCAAUUGCGAACUGAGAGCCUCAACAUGUUUAAUGGCCCAGGACAGCAGCGGUGCAGCUUACCUUGCAAUGCACUCAGUAAGGUCGAUUGGGACGACGAGGGCCUAACCGAGUCUCUCUCAUCCAUGCGAUCACUCUCUAUUAGCCUGUCUAACCGAGUCUCCAAGUUUGAUGAAGACGAAGACGGGCAUGUCAUAACUGAUAACAGGACAACACGACGAUCUCGAAGAAAUCACCACAACGAAGAAGACGUAUCCAUAGCUCAAGAUGAAAGAAACUUUACUGGACUUGCAAGUCUCUUUCAACUCUUGAAGAAUCUUAAGAGCUUCGAACUCCACUACUUUCGCCUUCGCGGGGAGCUCCAAGGACUGCCAUUACCUAUGGACUGGUGCCAUGAGCGACUCCUACAACGUCUCGUCACCCUAAACAGUCUGCCAAACCUAACUCGUUCUACGCUUCGGGGUAUCUACGCUACGGAGACCGACUUGCUUGCAUUCAUUAAGCAGACGAGAGUCAGCGAGCUCUCUCUAGAGAAUGUCACCCUAUCGUCAGGAACAUUCAGGUCGAUCUUUGAUUACUGCACAAGCACAGCGACCUCGGUCACCAAGUUGAACUUUAACGUCUUAUACGAGAUGGGUGCACAGCCGUCGCCGAUGGUUCUGUUCCUCGGACCUGGACGGUCGAGGCUUGGGUAUGACGCAUUCGGACUUGGAAGUGAAUCACUAGAGCGGAGCAGGGAUGAUAUUAAUCAACCCAUUUCUUACCACACGCCUCCUCCACCUCCAAUGGGAAGUCCUGUGAUGGCUAGAUAUGUGGCGUUUCGGCGUAGAGAAUAUGGGAGUACGUAGUAACUAGGUUCUGUCCUAGGUUUUACAAGAAGGCAAUUACAUAGUCAGCUACAGCACACCGUUCAUAGCGC